GCUAUUUUCAAGUCAUAUUUUGUAUAUACCGGUCUCAGGUCAAAUUUUUUGCUAACAAAUAGAGGAAAACAACAUUGAUAGCGUUGGAUUUUUAAUGUGGUGUUGUACCGAGAAAAAUACCCCUGUAAUCAAGCCUCUUCUCGCGAUGGUCAUCUCUGCUUUAUUCACCAUUUUUAAUAAAUUGUGUUGAAGUCAAAGAUGAUUUAAAAAAAAAGAAACAUCUGUCAAAGUCAAACAUGGUUAAGGAAACAGGCUUUUACGACACACUUGGUGUGAAGCCAAAUGCAACCCCAGACGAACUGAAAAAGGCCUACCGCAAGCUAGCCUUGAAAUAUCAUCCAGACAAAAAUCCUACUGAGGGAGAGAAGUUCAAGCAGAUAUCACAGGCCUAUGAGGUUUUAUCAGAUGCCAAGAAGAGAGAUCUAUAUGACCGUGGAGGAGAAAAAGCAAUAAAGGAAGGAGGAACUGGAGGUGGUGGCGGUGGUGGUAGCUUUGCAUCCCCCAUGGAUAUAUUUGACUUAUUUUUUGGUGGAGGUAGUCGGAUGCACAGAGAGCGAAAAGGGAAGAACGUUGUUCAUCAGAUUUCUGUGACAUUAGAGGAUCUUUACAAUGGAGCCACGAAAAAACUUUCUGUUCAGAAGAACUGCAUUUGUGACAAAUGUGAAGGUCGUGGAAGUCGCAAAGGAGCUUUACAGAUGUGCAUGUCCUGCCACGGCACAGGAAUGCAGGUGCGAAUGCACCAGUUACUUCCAGGUAUGGUGCAGCAGAUGUCCACCGUGUGCCACAGCUGCCAAGGACAGGGACAGAGGUUCAACCAGAAGGACCGCUGCAAAACCUGCGGAGGCCGAAAGAUGCUGCGACAGAAGAAGAUCAUGGAUGUCCACAUUGACAAAGGAAUGAAAGACGGCCAGAAGAUCGUUUUCCACGGCGAAGGAGACCAGGAGCCAGGACUUGAACCAGGUGACAUCAUCAUCGUCAUUGACCUGCAGGAACAUACGUUUUUCACCAGAAGAGGACAAGACCUGUUCAUGUCUAUGGAGCUGCAGCUAGUUGAGGCCUUGUGUGGGUUCAAACGACCCGUUCAGACACUGGACAACAGAACUCUCCUAGUCACGUCACAUCCAGGGGAACUGAUCAAGCCUGGAGACACCAAAUGUGUGCUGAAUGAAGGGAUGCCCACGUACCGCAGGCCGUUUGAGAAAGGACGUCUUAUUAUCAACUUCUCUGUGGUGUUCCCACCUGCCAACUUCCUGUCCAAGCACAAGCUGAGGGAGCUGGCGCGCUACCUCCCUGGAAAGACGGACGCGGAGCAGCCAGAGAGCAUGGACGAGGACCUCUACAUCUACGCAGACCUGGAGGACUGUGACUUAGAGAGCAGGAAGAGACACAGACAUCAGUAUUACUACAUGAAUGAGGACGACUACGCCAGCACCGGUGGCGUUCAGUGCCACACGUCCUAAAGCGAAGCUCAGCCUCUGCCUGGUCCAGCGUCCUUACUUCUGAUGCGAUGCACCUUGUUGGAAAUCAGUGCACUUUUUCCACCCUGUUGCUUUUCAUAGAUAUAACAUUCCUUUCAAGCAGAAUCCUACAAUGAUGUUCCAGAUCCCUCUUUAUUCAUAGUAUUUCUCAAGUUCUAGAACAUUGGGGGUUUCUUUCUGUUUUCUGGGAUCAGAUUUGAUCUUUUAACUUUUUUUUUAUUUGCACUGUGAAUAAAGGCGAGGCUUGGGUCAGAGAGGAAACAUAAACGUAUUGACUUCCUGCUUGAAAGCACUAACACUAUGGCUGAUGCCAAUAUUAAUAUGAAAAUAACCGUUUUUGUUAAUAUAGAGUGUUACAGAGUCGGCGGUUGUAGACGGCUCUUCCAGGCUGUUGUGUAAGGAUCCAAAGUUCAGAUGGAGGGAGGUGUGCAUCAAAACUUAACGCUGGCUUACCCUUUCAAGGGCUAACUUCUAAAACAUUUCUACACAAUCGUGAAAAUGUGACGAAGAUGUGGACGGAUGAAAAAUCCCAUCAAUUUGUAGAAAAUUUAAACUAAUAUUCACUUUUUCUUUAAUAUCCUUCCAAAUUCAAGUGUUACACCAGAUGUACAGACAAGUUAGUUGUUUUAAAUGUCUAGUUAUGUCAAUGAAUUAUAAAUAGCAUUUAUUUAAUAAGGCCCUGAUGUUUUCAGGACACCGAACGGUCUGAAUGCUGCUGUUCUAUCACGUGUUUGUAAAGAUGCCAGAGUCGUAAAAGUGCCAAGUUGUGCUCGCGCUGUAAGAUAAACCCUAGCUCGUCGUUUCGGGAUGUUUACGUAAAAUCAGAAAAAGUCUUAAAACACAAAUCUGGAAUUGAGGUGACCGAUCUUCACACAUUUGGAUGUUUGUUUUUCCAGCACAAGCUGCUAAUUCUGUGUUUUUAUGUUCCUUUUGUGAAUACCGGAUGGAACACGAGAGGUUAUAGAGGGAUUUAAAAUCGGAAACCCUGAUGCCUCAUCGAAGAGGCCCGCCUGUUUCAAAGCCUUAUCAUAACUUCACUUGAAGUAAUUUUAUAUUGCUGUUUUCUUUUAAGUGGUGUUUAUUAAUACGUUGCAUAAUGUGAAACGAAGUCAUGCUGGCAGACGAGGAGCUCCUUCAGCAGAUCCAUGCUCCUUGAAAGCACACUCACUCGGUUCAGCAGGUGGAAGAGCUGAACGGCAGUUUCUGGAGGAGGCUUUAAACCUGAACAAAGCUUGGACCAAGAAUGUGUGUGGUUAUGUUUUCUUAAUAAAUGUCAUUUGGUGUCUUAUUA